CUUUAUCCAGGAUCAUUAUCUUGUGAAUAUUAUUAUUAUUAUUAUUAUUAUUGUAGUACAGUCAUCAUGAGUUUAUUAGAUGGAGAUUUAAUUAUUGUUCGUACAAUUGGAGCUAAUUUAUCAUCAAAACAAGAUGCCUACUGUCUAGUUGAAACUAAUUUAGAUGCCAAUAUAAAGAAGAAAUCAUUUGUUAUUUCAAAAUCAUCAAAUCCAGAGUGGAAUAAUGAAUUUGUAAUUCCAGUCUCUGGAAUGGUAUUGAAGAAUAUUCCAAAUGUAACACUUUUAUUCACUGUUAUGGAUGAAAACAAAAUUACCAAAGAUGAAUUUAUUGGAAAUGUUUCUUUACAAAUUGAUACUAAUCAAUUUCAUUUAAAUGAAGAAGUUAAGAGAACUUUAUCUUUAAAUACUCCUAAAAAGAAUGAAAUUGAAAUUGCUAUUAGAAUUGUUAGAAUUAGUGGUGCUGAAUCACAAAGUGCAAUUCAUAAAUGUCCAACUCAUAAUAUUUCCAUUAAUUCACUUUGUAAAACUUGUAAGAAAUUAAUGUGUUCUGCUUGUGCUGUUAGUAAACUUCACAAUACUCAUAAAAUUCAUUUAAUUGAAGAUGUUGAAGGAAUUGAAAGAGAAGAAAUAUUUGAAUUUAAAUCUGAUAUUGAUAAAUGGAUUAAUGAAGAGAAAAUUUCAGUUAAUCAACUUGAAAAUGAGUUGGGUAAUACUGAAAUUUCAACUACAGAAACUAAACAAAAAAUUCAAAGUCAAUUCUUGAAAAUUAAAGAAUUACUUGAAAAGAAGGAAAGUGAAGUUUUAUAUUCACUUGAUAAACAAUCUCAAUUUAGAAUGGAUUAUUUGAAAGAAUUAUUAGAUUGGAAAUUAUCAUGUGAUCAAAUGUUCAAUGAUUUUGAAAAAUUGAAACCAUACGAUUUCUUAGAUUUGAAAUUAUCUAAAUUUGAUAAUUUAAAGUAUUCCUUUACAAAAACUAAAUCAACUUAUCAACCAAAGAAAAAUUUUGUAAAAGAUUUGGAACAAACUGAAAGCAAGGUUGGAGAUAAGAUUGAAAAUAUUACAAGAGUUAUUGAAAAUAAUUUUUAAAAACUUCAAGUAAUUUCCAAAUAAAUCUUUUAGAAGUUUUUGGUUUC